AUGAAAGAGGGCAGCGGCAACGGCACCGGCACCGGCACCGGCAGCGGCAACACCGUCUUGUCCUGUCCGUCGUCGUCCUCGUCUUCCUCGUGGCACAGUGAGUAUCCGCUGACCAGCGGCGUCCGUGGUCGCCAGGAGUCGAUGGACAACUCCGCCGACCUCGCGGGGGCCACCGUCUCCGUCAAGGUGGCGAAGCGUGCAGACAAGCCAUCGGCGGUCAGUCCUUCGUCGUCCAGUCAAGAGUCUUCGUCCACCUGUCGAGCAGGCUUCGGAGGUAGCAGACGAGGCGUCGUCGAAGACGGUAAUGGAGUGAAGCAGGAGCCGAUGGACCCGUUGGUUUCGAUGCCGAUGCCCGCCGUAUCGGUGCCCAUCACGCCGUCGUCCGUGGACACUCCGUCGCCGUCCGUCAUCGAGUGCGUGGUGUGCAACGACAAGAGCAGUGGAAAGCACUAUGGACAGUUCACAUGCGAAGGCUGCAAGUCGUUUUUUAAGCGCUCCGUCCGUCGAAACUUGUCCUACACCUGCCGCGGCAGCAAGAACUGUAACAUCGACGUACAUCACCGUAACCAAUGUCAGUACUGUCGUCUGAAGAAAUGUGUCAAGAUGGGCAUGCGCAAGGAAGCUUCAUCUGAUGUCCGACGUUUUCUAGCUGUUCAACGUGGCCGCAUCCCGACCACCCUUAAUCCGUACGCCGGUUCGCUCACGUUUCCGAACAGCGACGCGUUGAUCAGCAGUCACGCCUACCUGUCAAACUUUCUGAGUUUGCUCAUGCGAGCCGAACCGUACCCGAUUUCCCGGUUUGGCGUAGGCAUUCUUCAGCAGAGCAACGUGAUGGGCAUCGACAAUAUCUGUGAGCUGGCGGCCAGGCUGUUGUUCUCCGCGGUCGAAUGGGCCAGGAAUAUACCUUUUUUCCCGGAGUUUCUAGUCACUGAUCAAGUUGCCCUCCUGCGAAUGGCCUGGUCAGAGCUGUUCGUGCUAAACGCUGCCCAGUGCGGCAUGCCCGUUCAUGCGGCGCCGCUGCUGGCCGCUGCCGGACUACACAUGUCGCCGAUGGCUGCCGACCGCGUGGUCGUUUUCAUGGAUCAUAUCAGAAUAUUUCAGGACCAGGUGGAGAAGCUGAAGGCGUUGCACGUCGACACCGCCGAAUACAGCUGUCUCAAAGCCAUCACACUGUUCACAACCGGUAAGACUCUAGCUUUAGCACUUUUCGGUUUAAUUGCACCCCGGCAUACUGUGCGGACGAACCACAGGUAG